GUCCUUUAUCAAGCUCUCCCAGUCUCCUGCUCUCCUGCAAUGCCUUCAGCCCUUGACACAAACAUGAGGUUCAAGUUCUCGAUCCUGGCUCUCCUUCUACAAGUGGUCAUCAUUGUGUUGUUUGGGAUAUUUGUGGAAUACGAAGCCAAUGACACCUCUGAAAGUUUAUACCCAAUCUUUCAGGAUGUCCAUGUGAUGAUAUUUGUUGGCUUUGGUUUCCUGAUGACCUUUCUGAAGAAGUAUGGAUUCAGCAGCAUCGGCCUCAACAUGCUCAUUGCUGCCUUUGGCCUUCAGUGGGGAACCCUGAUGCAAGGAUUUUGGAAUAUGAAAGGAGGCAAAAUUCAUGUUGAUGUCAAAAGCUUGGUAAAUGCAGACUUCAGUACGGCAACAGCUUUGAUUUCAUUUGGAGCAGUCCUGGGGAAAACAAGUCCUGUUCAGAUGCUGAUCUUGACAGUUCUGGAGAUCACAAUCUUUGCAUGCAACAAAUAUCUCGUUGCAGGAGUACUUCAGGCCUCAGAUGUUGGAGCCUCAAUGACAAUCCAUGCUUUUGGAGCUUAUUUUGGGUUGGCCGUGACCCUUGUCUUGUAUCGUCCUGGCUUGAAAAUCAAACAUCAAAAUGAAGAAUCUACCUAUCAUUCUGACAUGUUUGCCAUGAUUGGUACCCUGUUCCUUUGGCUUUUUUGGCCCAGUUUUAACUGUGCUAUUGCAUCUGAAUCAGCUUACCAGAUGAGAGCUAUUGUUAACACUUACUAUUCCUUGGCUGCCUGUACUGUCAUGACUUUUGCCCUCUCCAGCCUGGUGGAUCAAAGAGGCAAAUUCAGCAUGGCUCUCAUCCAUAAUGCCACCCUGGCAGGAGGAGUGGCAGUGGGUACCUGUGCUGACAUGUCAAUCCAUCCUUUUGGUGCCAUGUGCAUUGGGAGCAUCUCUGGAAUCAUCUCUGUCCUUGGGUUCCGCUUCCUGACUCCUUUGUUGGCAUCCAAGCUGAACAUUCAAGACACCUGUGGAGUUCAUAACUUGCAUGGUUUACCUGGAAUAGUGGGAGGUAUUGCUGGCAUUGUAGUAACUGCAAUAACAGAUGAAACCAGGCAAGGUGUCCACCUUACCCCUAGCAUGCAAGCUGCUGCCUUGGGCAGUUCAAUUGGAAUUGCACUGGCAGGUGGAGCAUUGACAGGUGGUAUUCUAAAGCUGCCCUUCUUGGGACAAGCAUCAGACCAGAACUGCUUUGAUGACUCUGUUUAUUGGGAGGUUCCAGAAGAGAAGAAACCAAAUGAAAUUCACUCCAACAACCACGAUGAGCACAGCAGAUUUGAAGCCACAAUGUAGAGAAGAAAUUAAUCUGUAAUAUUUGUCCUAAUAGAGCUCUUUUUUAGUUUCUCAUGCUAAAAAACAUUUGAUUAUUGUCUUAACUACAGCAGGAUUUCAAGAAGAGGCUGUAGGUAGCUAUAUUUUUCAAAUAUAAAACAAGCUUGAUUUUAGAACACA